AUGGCGACGUUUACACUCAAAUCCUUCACCGGACUUCGUCAAUCUUCACCGGAGCAAACCAAUUUCGUCUCUCAUGUACCGUCUUCACUCUCUCGCACCCAACGACGAAGCCCUCUCAAAGUAACCGCCGCUAGAUCCAGUCCUAAACUCGCUAACCGGAAUCUCAGAGUCGCCGUCAUCGGUGGUGGUCCGGCGGGAGGAGCCGCCGCAGAGACAUUAGCCAAAGGAGGUAUCGAAACGAUUCUCAUCGAGAGAAAAAUGGAUAACUGUAAGCCUUGCGGUGGUGCGAUUCCACUCUGUAUGGUCGGAGAAUUCAAUCUCCCUUUAGAUAUCAUAGAUCGGAGAGUUACGAAGAUGAAGAUGAUUUCUCCGUCGAACAUCGCCGUCGAUAUUGGCCGUACGCUUAAGGAGCAUGAGUAUAUAGGUAUGGUGAGGAGAGAAGUGCUUGAUGCGUAUCUGAGAGAAAGAGCGGAGAAGAGUGGAGCCACCGUUAUUAAUGGUCUCUUUCUUAAGAUGGAUCUACCGGAGAAUUGGGAUUCGCCGUACUUGUUGCAUUACACCGAGUACGACGGGAAAACUGGACCUGCUGGACAGAAGAAGACAAUGGAGGUCGAUGCGGUGAUUGGAGCCGACGGAGCUAACUCUAGGGUUGCGAAAUCCAUCGAUGCCGGUGAUUACGACUACGCUAUCGCGUUUCAGGAGAGAAUUAGGAUCCCUGAUGAUAAAAUGACAUACUAUGAGGAUCUAGCUGAGAUGUACGUCGGAGAUGAUGUGUCGCCGGAUUUCUACGGAUGGGUUUUCCCUAAAUGCGACCAUGUAGCUGUUGGAACAGGGACUGUUACUCACAAAGGUGACAUCAAGAAGUUCCAGCUCGCGACUCGAAACAGAGCCAAAGACAAGAUUCUUGGAGGCAAGAUUAUCCGAGUCGAGGCUCACCCGAUUCCAGAACACCCGAGACCACGUAGGCUCUCGAAACGAGUGGCUCUUGUUGGUGAUGCUGCAGGGUAUGUGACGAAAUGUUCAGGUGAAGGGAUCUAUUUUGCUGCAAAGAGUGGAAGGAUGUGUGCUGAAGCCAUUGUUGAAGGUUCACAGAAUGGUAAGAAGAUGAUUGAUGAAGGGGACUUGAGGAAAUACUUGGAGAAAUGGGAUAAGACUUACUUGCCUACAUACAGGGUGCUUGAUGUGUUACAGAAAGUGUUUUACAGAUCGAAUCCGGCUAGAGAAGCGUUUGUCGAAAUGUGCGGUGAUGAGUAUGUUCAGAAGAUGACGUUCGAUAGUUAUCUGUACAAGAGGGUCGCACCGGGUAAUCCUUUGGAGGAUUUGAAGUUGGCUGUUAACACCAUUGGGAGUUUGGUUAGAGCUAAUGCUCUAAGGAGAGAGAUUGAGAAGCUAAAUGUUUAA